UUUUCGUGUGCUACCUAAUAUCAUUAUUAUCAUUCUACAAUAUGAUUUCGAUAAGGUAAAAAAGAUACGAGAAAAAGCAAAAAAUAUCUCGGUAAACUUAGUCUUACAGAUUGUCUACUUGAAAUGACAACUGUGUGCUUGAUCGUAUCAUAUUUAUACGACAUCGACUGAGGAAUAGCCCAGAUAGCAUAUUGCGUGACAAAUGCAGUUGGAAGGGUUUUUUUGUAAGGGACAUAUUGCAAGAUGCAUGGUGUUACUAAUUGGAACGGCAAUUAUAGCAUUGACGCAAUAGAUUUACUUGAAAACAGCUGCUUAAUUGAGUAAACUCAGUCUGCAUGUAAAUAUUUUUUCUCGUUAGUGAGUCUCACAUUGUUUGUAAACUAGUAAACUGGUUUAUGGUUUUAGGCAGGAUUAAAAUCCGGCUCUGAUCAUAUUAGUGAGAUUGUGGUUUGUCAACCGUGGGUCAAGUAUUAAGCAUAUUUAGGAAUCGUAUUGCGAAUGUAGUUGUUAUGUCAUGAGACAUGCGAAGGCGUAUACUGGAAAUGAAUUGUUGACAAGACAGGUAGGGUUUGAUCUAAUUUUUCUCUCCGUUUGUGGGAUAUAAAAUCGUUUGCAGCCGGCAAAAAUUAACCAUUUGCAAAAAGGCAUCAGCUCUUGCCCAUUAAAAAUAGAAAGAAAGAAAUUGUACCUAACAUGAUGAAAAAGGUGUGCAUUGCAGUGUUUCUGGCUGUUGCUGCAAGUAGUGUAGCAGCAUUUCCAGUAGCGCGUCAGCUUUACGGUGUGUAUGGACCAGUCGAAUAUCACUUCAAAUAUUCUGUACAUGAUGAUCGUAGCGGAGACAUAAAGCAUCAGCAAGAAGAAAGGCGUGGAGAUAAAGUUACAGGACAGUACAGUCUUAACGAUGCGGAUGGAUAUCGACGUGUUGUGGAUUAUUCCUCAGACAAGGAUACCGGAUUUGUGGCUAACGUACGUCGUGAGCUAAUUAAAGGAUUCCAUGAAACUACUUCGUCUACAAAAGCUGCUGUAGUUCCUGUAGUAGAGCUGUUGAAAUCAUUACCUUUGGUUCCAAUAAAGCAUCAUACUGAACCUUUCCAUCCUAUCGAACAGGCACAUUAUGUGAAGGUUCAUAAAGUAACCCCCAAGUUGAACGAGCCGAUAGUUUAUACAUCUAAGAACCGUAACACUGUGCAUUCUCAUACCAGUUUCAAAAGUGGAAAUAUCAGCUAUCAAUAUUAA